CCAAGAAAAAGGUCCGCGAUCGCCGCGCGGAUGAAUUAGCUCUCCACGCGCAUGGAGGGUAAAUUCAUCUCGCAGGGGGCAACAUGUUGGGGGUGGGGGGUGGGUGCGGAGUCACGACGCACGACGCAACGCGGUUCGUCAUGACCCUGAAGUGAAUCACGAUGGGAUUUCUUUGGUGACGUGAACAUUUAGGUUGGUCGCAAUUACGCGUGCUUUUUGCGCUGCGCAUUUACCACCAGCUGCAGCUGCCAAUCAUCUCUUAGUUCGGUCUUUUUUUUAACUCUAUUUUUACAUUCAGCACUUUCCAUCACGCGCAUCCGUUUCCUGAAACUUGCCCACUCGUGUUACAUCCUCAUUUGUCCUCUGCGCGCGGAGUGGCUGCGCGCCGCCUGAGUGCGCAGUGUUUUGCGGGAUUUUCUUUGCGCGGAGACGCUGCUUCAUGCCUCGCGCACCUGUGGACUCCCGCCAACGGACGCCUUUUUUGCUCCGUUAGCCCCCCCGUUCCUCCCCACAGCCCACGGUGCGCGGCGGAUGCGCGGCUGGAUCCGCGGUCUGAGGGCAGAUUCAGCACCACCUCGGCUCCGAACAGCUCCAGCUCGUCGUGAGUGGAUGGGCUCCGUCGGUCUCCGUGUCUCCUGCAGCUCCUAACGACCGCCGACGAUGGCAUCUCACGGGUUCUGGUCUCUCGGCGGAGAUAAUGCGGGGGCCAACACCGGGAGUCAGAGCCCCAGCACGCCUAGAGCCUGGUGCCAAGCGGCGGCCCAAAAAUUAUCCGGAGGAAUUGGAUCGAAAAUAUGUGCGCUGCUCAACGUCGGGGAAGUGGAGAAAACCGCCGAAUCGGGCUCAAAGCAGCCGCUGCAGACGUCUGCAGCCGGAACCUGCGGCUGCAACAAACAACCCUGCAACUGCACCAAAGCCGACGUGGUUUUCUCCGACCUCUAUUCAACAGACUUGUUGCCGGCACUGGACGGAGAUGCCAAAACCAUGACCUUCCUGCAGGAGGUGGUGGACAUCUUACUGGCCUACAUCGUGGAGUCUUUCGACCGAGAAACGAAAGUUAUUGAUUUUCAUUAUCCAAACGAGCUGCUGCAGCUCAACAACUGGGAGCUGCAGCACGAACCGGCCACUCUGGAUGAUAUCUUGAUCAGCUGCCGCGCGACGCUCAAAUACGCCAUAAAAACAGCCCAUCCCAGGUACUUCAAUCAGCUCUCCACGGGGUUAGACAUGGUCGGACUGGCUGCUGACUGGCUAACAUCCACGGCCAACACCAACAUGUUCACCUAUGAGGUGGCUCCUGUCUUUGUGCUGCUGGAAUACGUCACCCUGAAGAAGAUGAGGGAGAUCAUUGGCUGGCCGGAAGGGCGAGGAGAUGGCAUCUUUUCACCUGGGGGGGCUAUUUCUAACAUGUAUGCCAUGCUGCUGGCCCGCUUCAAGAUGUUCCCUGAGGUGAAGGAGAAGGGGAUGUCCUCCGUCCCCAGACUGGUGGCCUUCACGUCGGAGCACAGCCAUUUUUCCAUCAAGAAGGGGGCGGCGGCUCUCGGCAUCGGGACUGAAAGUGUGAUCUGCAUCAAAGCGGACGAAUGCGGUAAAAUGAUCCCAGCUGACCUUGAGAGAAGAAUACUGGAGGCGAAACAGAAGGGCUUUGUGCCUUUCUUUGUGAGUGCGACCGCCGGGACGACGGUGUACGGAGCCUUUGACCCCCUCAUCGCCAUCUCCGACAUCUGCAAGAAGUACAACAUCUGGAUGCAUGUGGAUGGAGCAUGGGGAGGAAGUCUGCUCAUGUCCAGAAGACAUAGAUGGAAACUAGAUGGAGUUGAGAGGGCCAACUCAGUGACGUGGAACCCCCAUAAGAUGAUGUCCGUCCCUCUGCAGUGCUCCGCCCUGCUGGUUAGAGAAGAGGGUUUGAUGCAGAACUGCAACCAGAUGCACGCCUGCUACCUCUUCCAGCAGGACAAACAGUACGACCUUUCCUAUGACACCGGGGACAAAGCGCUGCAGUGCGGACGCCAUGUGGACAUCUUCAAGCUGUGGCUCAUGUGGAGAGCCAAGGGAACCAUCGGCUUCGAGGCUCAGAUUGACCGAUGUUUGGAGCUGUCGGAGUAUCUCUACAACAAGAUCAAGGACAGAGAUGGCUAUGAGAUGGUCUUUGACGGGAAGCCUCAGCACACCAACGUCUGCUUCUGGUACCUUCCCCCCGGGAUGCGCUACAUAGAGGACAAGGAUGAAAAAAAGAAACGCUUGCACAAGGUGGCUCCCGUCAUAAAAGCCCGGAUGAUGGAGUACGGCACAACUAUGGUCAGCUACCAACCGCAAGGAGACAAGGUCAACUUCUUCCGCAUGGUCAUCUCAAAUCCCGCUGCUACCUUCGAGGACAUCGACUUUCUUAUCGAAGAGAUUGAACGCCUCGGCCAUGAUCUAUAAGACUCUAAAUUCUUUUUCCCCUUGGCGGAUGAAAUAUUUGUCGUGAAUGUACUGGUAACGUUUUUUUUCUCUCUCUUUCCUGCAAGUCAUAUAUAUAUAUAUAUAUAUAUAUAUAUAUAUAUAUACAUAUAUAUAUAUUUAAGAUUACAUUUGAGAAAAAUAUCUACAAAUAUGUCCAUAUAUUAAGUAUUGCAGCUUUGCCGUGGACCAAGCGGGUCCAGAGCUUUGUAAAAGUGCUUCUGUCUGCCUUUCUCAUUGUGUAGUGGGAGUUGUGUUAAGUGACGUAACUAUUUGUGUACUUUUUUGUGGGUUGACAUGCCUGUCAGUCACAGAGGAAGAGGGUUUUUGUCUUUUUUCCUUCCUCGUUUGCAGAGUACGCGGUAAAGUGCCAAAUGUGGUUGUGAUCUGUGGAGGCUUUGGGUUCUUCACUUUUACCUCGGCUUCUUCAACUGCCCCCACGUCUGCACAAACAGGGACAAUUCCAAACCGUCUGUAACGUUUAGCCGGGUCGUGCAUGGUUAGGACACCGGAACAUUUACACUAUUUACCGAUGACGCAAGCUGCUGGCAUGUUGGCGAGAAUAAUCCACAACUUCUAGAUUAAACUGGAUGCUAAUGCUGACAGCAACACUUUUUUAUUGGCACUAAUGCCGCUCGACAGUGUUGGUGGAACCUUUAUUGACACAAACAUGCUUCAACCUUUCAUUUCGGUUCAUCUGCCAAAAUAGCAUCUCACAUCAAGUAAGCCUGUCGCUCUGGUGGUCAUUUUGGGUACUGCAUGUAUUUUAUUUGAUCUUUCACAAUGAGAAUACGUUUCAGCUUCCAGAAUUUAAAGUCCCUAUUUUACGUGUUAACUACCAUGUGCAGUUCAAUUGAGGGGUUUUCCCGCUGACCCUGUUUCACCAAAAAUAACUCCAGAAACUCCUUUUAAUUUCUCCCAAGUUCUCCAGACUACACAGUCAAACCAUGACUGAAUCCAUUCACCUGGAACAGUAUGUUCAGUUCCCGUACGUGCAGCUAACGUCAUCGUUCAGGUAUUUUUAGGUAUCAAGGUGGCCCCUAAGUGGGUCACCUUAAGUGCAUGAAAAAUAGACAACAGGGUGCAAGAAGACAAUGACACUGAGUGACUAGGACUCAGACGUUAAGCUAAAUACAAAAUAAUCACGCUAAGAAAAAGAUCUUACCUAUAUAUGUUUUUAUUGAAUUUAAGGUUAAAUAUAUAAACUAUAACAUGGUAAAACUGUUCGGCUUUUGGAUAGGCUCUAAAAUAAAUUAUAUUAAAGAAAAUAACUUUAUUGUUAAGGAUUUGAGGACUGAGAUUUCUUCUGAAGCAAUAUAUUUAAGAAAAGAUAGAAAAUGAGGCAAACUUGUUCAAUUUAACAUUAUUUCCCACAAAAAAAACACACGUUUCUGUGUUUCGUAAAGAUUAAAAUGAAAAUAAUAUCUGAGAAUUGUCUGUAGCAUUUCCUUUAGAACAAGUUAGAAAAGCACAAUUUACUCAACAUGGUCAAUCAGUGUACAAUCACAUGUGAUCAUGGACUGUAAAUAGUAUUUCAAGAUGUCCUAAGUACAUAUCAUUGUGUAUACAUACGUGUAUAUAAGACAUAUAGCCAGAGACUAUUUGUGAGGUAAAAGUAUUCAUAUUUUCUCUAUCUCUGAUAUAGAUCCUGUAUUUUCAUCUUAUUAGUCCUGAAAAGCUUUUUCUUCUGUGUGUGUGUGUCGGAAACGUUGUGACUCUUCUCGCUAUUUGAAAGGAAACGUGGUUCAGGCGUCGGCUUAACGGAAAGCAACGGAUUUCGUCCUGAUUUCCCGCGGAGUCCCACUCGGCCGACCUCCGCCGUUUAGGGUUUGAAACCGAUAUGCAAAGCCAUUUUUAACUCUGUGUUUCAGUGUGCACAAGUGAUGACUUGACGAUAUGUGCCGAUGUGUACCUUAAAUGUGUUUGUAACUGUGUUGCCUUAGUAGAAUAUUUUACAGUAUUGUCCAGUUUUCCUCCAGAGGGGAGGUCGUGCACUUUAGAGUGACCUGAUAAUGUGCAAUGUCCACGAGUCGAUGUUUUUGGAGUACCCUGCAGAAAAACUCUUUGGUCUUUGCUCUGACAUGAGUCCGUCCAGAGCCGUCUGUCUGUAGAUGCUGUGGCGCUAAAGUUUGAGAGUGGCACCCCCCACUGUGGCACAGACAACAUUAUCUCAGAGAAAUCUCACUGUGGUAGACUUGGAAGGCCAGGCACGCCGUUUUUGUCGCUGCUGCUGCUUCUGCUGCUAGUCUUGCUUCCUUUGCACGUGCAUGCGAUGCCUUGCUUAUCCAGCUUGUUUGUUGUACAGUCUCCUAUUUAUCUAUAUAUACAUACAUAAAUAUAUAUACUUGAAUCCAGUAUGUGUAGCUCCUGUAAUUAGCUUUUAGCAUCCUCUAUAUAGCUUAGCAUGUAGUUUAGUGCACUGUCGCUCUAGCCUUUACAUGUGACCCGUGUCCUGCUUUCUGUCACGUUUCUCUGUGCUGCUGAGCAUGCUAACCUCGCCUCCGCGCUUAAUACACUUUCUCUAUCUUCUGUCUUUCUGCUUUGACUGUCGCAGCUUUCAGUGUUCUAUGUAUCUCUCUCUCUAUAUAUAUAUAUAUAUGUAUCGGUGUAGCUCCUUGGCAUGCCUAUAUGAACGCUCCUUUCUGCUCUGCGCCUGUUUCCUCUCUUUCUCUUCUGCUUCUGGUAGCAGCAUUAAUCCUGCUUUCCUCUGACGUGUCUCGGCUGCCUGUCGUCUCUCCGUUUGUGUGUCUGACGGUAUGUUGUCAUGUGUCACGGGGCCACGGAUUGUACAUUUUCUUUAGCAUAUGGAAGACUGAAAGUGACGGGACUUAAAAACAGGUAAAUUGAUAUAUAGAUUUUGGUCUGUUGUUACAUUUCUUUAUUUAUUUGUCCUCAUCGGCCUGGAAAACUGUGCUGUUGCCAUGACGGCUGGUUAGGAAACCAACAAAACAUCUGAUUUCUCAACAACGUACUUAAUGUUAGCUUUGGGAAUCUAAAGAUAAACAGCAGCAACCUCUGGUGACACGUUGCGUCCUGGAACAUUCAGGAAACUCAAAAGAAAAACAAUGAAAAACGUUCAAAUUAUCUGUGUAAUAUAUUUGGACAAAGAAAAAAUAAAAAUGAAAACAUGUAAUUUAGCAGAUAAUUUCAGAAUAAAUGUAGAAUAUUGAGCAAUAAAUAAAAGCAAAAACUGUUUAAAAAUAAUAGUUUUUUGUUUACUUGUGUUUUUUUAUAGGUCACUUUGAGUCUUCCAUACCCUUAACUUAGAUUAUUAAGAUAUAAAGAGAAAAAGCAGACUCUUGUUUCUUGCUAAAAUGAAUAUUGUUUGUUUAUGAGAACUGUAACCCCCCCAAUAUAGUACAUAGAGAACCGUUGAGCACAUGGUUGCCGUAUGUAUCUAAUCCUAUGUUCUGCAACAACUGCUGUAACAACUUCUCAGUCGUUCAUUUGUCCUGAACUACAUGUUACUCUUUGGGUAAAAAGAAAUAAAUAUGAAAGCCUGAGAA